AUGGUGGGGGGCGACCCUUUUGGAUGUUUGGGAACAGGAGACACUCUGCUCUCAUUGGAAAGGCUCCUGUGGCUGUCCCGGUGGGUCCUUGUUCCCUUGGGAGGCUGUGGAAUCCUUGGAGUAGGCAUCUGGCUGGCUGUUACUCAAGGGAACUUUGCCACCCUCUCAUCGUCUUUCCCAUCCCUGUCAGCUGCCAACCUACUGAUCGUCACGGGGACAUUUGUCAUGAUCAUUGGCUUCGUGGGCUGCAUAGGCGCCAUCAAAGAAAACAAGUGCCUCCUGCUGAGUUUUUUUAUCAUGCUGUUAAUUAUAUUUCUGUUGGAGCUCACCGUCGUGAUUCUGUUCUUCGUCUACACCGACAAG